AUGGUUAGCUCUGAAAAUAUCCGCCGGCGGACAGGCCAAGCGCUCUCGACAAUGUACGACCUCACAUCCACGGUUGCGGCGUCCAACGAAGAUUCAACCAUGGGAGUCGCUGCAGGCACGGCCGCCUCCUUCCUCAGCAUCGGGAUAGACAAGGUCAACCGGAAACUGUCGGAAAAAGAGACGAUGCUCGCAGUUGACCGCGAGCUAGACGGUUUCGGAGAAGCGGGGGAACCCCGUGAACACUUUGUGGAUAAGCUCCUCGAUAAAUUGCUCCUCCACGCGUUACCCAAAGACCUUCCAGGUCGCGAAGAUGUCGCGUCGCGCCUUAGUGACCCAGACCGUAAGCUGACACCCCGCUUAUCACUCACCACGUUGACAGGCAACUUCAAGAACUUGAGCUCGCGGAUGAGCGGGUUGUUUGAGGUGCAAUAUGCACUUGGGCGGGUGUUCAUGUGGCGCCACCCGAGUGUCACCAUCAGCGUAUUAUUCCUUUAUACUGCGGCGUGUCUCUACCCGCACCUUCUCUUGAUCUAUCCCUUGGUGUACCUUCUCUUCGGGGUGAUGCUUCCGGCGUAUGAACAUCGUCAUCCAAUUCCCAGAGCCGAAACCGUACCAACUAAGCGCCGCGGACAGUCUCUUAUGGAGUUUCUCAAUCAGACGCGGGAAAAAAGUAUUGCCGAGGAGCUCAUCGCAAAGAGCGAUUUUCUUACGCCGCUCAACAAUGAGGGUGAAAAGAGAAGUGUGAAAAGUGAUGAAAGGUCAAUGAAGAGUGAUGAAAAUCCAAGAGACGGAACCCUCAAAGCUGAAAUUCCUGCGGAUGACGACGAAAAACCUUCCCACGGAACCUUGGUCAAGUCUCAGAUGGAACUCUUUAUCAACAUGCGUGACCUCCAAAACCUCACAACUGACGUGAUCAAAGUCUACGAUGCGACAGAAGAAUUUGUCUACGGUACUGCUGGGUUCAAGGACGAGCGUAUAUCCACGUCCUUGUUCAUCAGCGUGCUCCUGCUGAUUGCCCUUCUCGUGUUCCUCGGGCCGUACACCCCAUGGCGGCUGAUUUUUGUGUCCCUGGGCUGGGCCGUGGUGGUGGUGUGCCAUCCCAAGUGCGCAAAGUACGUCAAAAGAAUCAAUCAUCUUUACAUUGCCCCACGGAACAAAAAGAUGGCUGAAUUUGUCGCGAGUGUUUACCGGCGUAGCGAGCGCAACGCGAUCAUCCUCGACGAGCAGCCGGAAGUUCGCGAGGUCGAGGUGUUUGAAUUGGAGCAGGGCUUGACCGCGAGUCAGUGGAACCCCUACUGUUUCGCAGUCAAUUCCUUUGAGCGCAGCCAUGCGGCACGGCUCACGCAGCGCCGUCCCGUUGGCGCGACACAUUUGUCCGAGGUUCUUCCGCCAAAGGGCUGGAAGUUUGAUGCCGGUGAAGACCACGAGUGGCAGAUUGACUAUAAUGCAAAUAAGUAUGUCCGGGAGCGGGGGAUAACGGGGGUCCGGAUCGAUGACCAGAACGAGUGGGUGUAUGACGUGGAGGGAGGAUAUUAUGAUAGCCAGUGGAGACGUCGGCGCUGGGUGCGGAGCUGUUAUCGGUACGCGCGGGCUCCAAAGCGGUCGCACACUUUGGCUGUUUAA